AUGGAAAAAUUGAGGCCCACCACGGGCGCGGUGGCAAGUGUCAACGGAGGCACCGUUGGCACCCACUUCAUCGACCUGCAACACAGAGCGAGUGACGUGGCAGCGAUUUCCAAGGAAGAACUCAUCUGCUUCAAUUCCGCCCUGGUCUCCCAGUGGCUCCAAGCCCUGGUGCUGUGGAGCAACCACCGUAGGUUGCAUGGGAUGAUGCUGGAGGGAGUCAGAGCCAAUGGGAUCACCAUGAACACAGCUCUCAACUCCUUGCAACGGAGAGGUCCGUGGCGGAGAGCCCUGGGCCUCUUCGUGCCGCAAUUGGUGGAUGCGAUCACCUGCAACUCCGCCAUUUCAGCCUGUGAGGAGUCUUCCAAGUGGCCUAGCGCUUUACAGCUGUUGAACCUCUUCGACGAGGAGCACCUAGACCGCGACAUCCUGGGCUUCAGUGCCUGUCUCGCUGCCAGAGUUGCGAAGCCCUGGAUCUUGGCACCACAGCUGUUGCGAUGGAUGACGCAGGAUUUGGUGCAGCCCAACCUGGUCAGCCUGUCUGCUACAGUGGGAGCAGUGACAUGGCCCGGUGCAUUGUACCUGCUGAAGGGCUGUCAGGAGGGCCGACUUGAAGCUGAUCGCAUCCUCUUUGGGGCAUCCAUUUCCACCUGUUCCUCCGGUCUAGCAUGGCGGCAAGGGCUGGCUCUGGCUGCUACGAAACCUAGCCUCAUUGGAUGCAACGCUGCCAUGGAUGGUUGUCAAGGUGCCUGGCCCGUAGCCCUGCGGAUCUUCGCCCAGCUGUCGGUCCUGGGCCUUGAGCCGAGUGCGGCCAGCGUCCACGUGGCGGGCUACAGGUGGCAGGGAGCCUUCCUGGCCUUGCUGGAGAUGGCAAGGCGACAGUUGAAGCGCGAUCUUAUCAGCUUUGGCGUUGCCCUCAAUGCCUGCCAGAUGCAGAGCUUGUGGCUCUCAGCGCUGCAACUGAUGGAGGAACUCCGGAUGGUUCACCUGGCAGCAGAUCAAGUUUGCUUCAACAGCUGCACGUCAUCCUGUGGAGAGGCUGACCAAUGGCAAAUGGCCAUGCAGUUGAAAGGGGCUGCAGUGGCCACUGCCAGCUACAAUGCAGCCAUCAGUGCGUGUGAUGGUCCCGGCCAGUGGCGGGCGGCCUUAGCGUCGCUCCAGGCCAUGCCGCAGUCAAGGCUUGCGCGGGACCAGCGGACAUACAACGCGGCCUCCAGCGCCGCCCGGGUGGCGUGGAGGACGUCGCUGGCGUUGAUGGAUUUUUGCGCGGAGGAUUUGGCAGGCUACAGUGCGGUGAUCAGCGCCUAUGAGGGCAAAUCUCUUUGGAAACCAGCCUUGGGAGUAUUGGAGCUGCUUCAGCUCAGGAGCGUGGAGCUCGACACAAUCGUCUACAAUGGCGCCAGCAGUACAUGUGCCAAAGGCACUCAAUGGCAGCUGGCAAGCAAAACCUUGUCUCUGUUGCCGAUGUUGUUCUUGGAACAGCAGGAUUAUACCUUCAAUGCAGUGGUCAGCGCAUGCGCCAAGGCCGAGCUGGAAGCAGCCUCCAGCAACUCCAUUGCUUUGUCCCUUCAGCAGAUGAACGACAUCCGACAGACGCUGGUGAACACGCUGGUGAAAAGCUUGUUUCAACGGGUGUGGUUUACGGCGUCUACGGGGAGAAAUUUGGGGCGCUUAAAGAAUGCAGCCAGAGGUCUGACAAGAGCCAUUUCACUAGGUCGAAAGGCAGCCUUGCAGCCUUAA